AUGUCGCCACGAAACUUGCACGAAUUCCUGGUCGGCAAGCUGCUGGAGUCCAAGAAUUUCCACAAGUUUGUCAGAUCGAUACACGCCCGAAUCAACGGACAUAAGCCGACUGAUUAUGGAGAUCAGAUCUCCCAUGAUCCCCUCCUCCGAGAAGGCGAAAAGGCCUUUGAAAAACUAACCCACAAAAAGAGCUUCCUGUCCAUAUUCCUGGAGGAGCUCAAGAACGAGGCCAAGUUUGGCAAGAAGAAGUAG